GUUGCGGAAGAAGACGGUGUGAGGUGAAAUUGAGAAAAGCACAAAAAAAAAGAAAAAGCAGGCAGUACGAAUAAGGAUGAGAUGAGGCACGUAGCAGUGGCAGUGAGCAGCACCGCAAUUAAAGUGACGGGAUCUGCGGGCGAUAAACCAGAAGAUCCGCUAGCUAUCUGAGAAAGUCCACGUGCAGAUUCAUCACUACCUUCCUCCAGUUGUGAGCAGGGUGGGCCGCUGGCUGGUCAGAUCCUCGUCGCUAUGGCAGGUGCCUUGCCCUUCAGCGGUGCAGGCAGUGCAGUGGCAUUGCCUCACAAGUCCAGCACUUUUCUCUGUCAGGCUGUGUUGCUCCCACUUGUAAAGGCUCGACCCAUCCGGAUACCGACUGCCACGGGGAGUAACAUGACGACUGCUAUCGCUGAGCCAACACAGUCUCUGCGCACAGCCCAUGCAUGCUCGAGGAACGUUUGGUCAUUAAGGAAGGUAAAACCCUUGCCUUGUGGGCUCUGCAACAAAAACCGGUCAUUCUCAUUGCCGUCGUCGUCGUCGUCACCACGGUUUGUUGUUUCAACUGUGUCUAACUGUGGAGGGAGCAGAUCCGCAGCCAUUGGUGUGGCAUGCGGAAGGCCGCUCGCCCUCUUUAGAGGCGGAGAAGCGAUUGGCAAUGGUGGGGCAAAGAACUCACGCUCUGGGUUUGCAAGUUGGGGGGCAGACUCGGAGGCGAAAGGGGGUCUGAAGGACCAGUUGUGGGCAGCAGCAGGCUUCGCUGCAGCGAUUGGUAUCUGCAGUGGAGCCGCAGCGUCCUGGGCUCUGGCGGCUUCCGCAUCGGAUGGCGCGACUGUGAGCUCGAUUCUGGAACCAGCAACUGGCACCACGUAUCCUGAACAGAUUGUUGUUCCUGGUCUUAGCAAUCCGAUGACCGCCCUUGGCGCGGGAGUCAGGGUCAAGAAGAUUGCAAUGAUCUCUGUGAAAGUGUAUGCAGUGGCAUUCUAUGCAGAGGCAGGUGUCACCGAAGCUCUGAAGAGUUUCAAGGGGAUGUCGGCGGAGCAGCUUAGCAAGGACCCCAGGUUUUUUAAGGUUUUGGUCGAUGCGCCUGUUGAGAAAGCCAUCGAGAUUGUCCUCGCACGAGACGUCAGCGCCGACACUUUCUGGAACGCACUCAAUGAUGCACUGGUGCCCCGUCUGAAAGCGCUUAAAGCAGGUCCAGAAACUGACAAAGCUGUUGCUUUGCUAGGAGAGUCCAUAAGACGACAAGCUCUGAAAAAAAAUGUUGCAAUCUGCCUGGGAUGGCACCAGCCUGGCACAUUGGAAUUGACCAUAAUUGAUGACCAUAAUGCAGCAGCAAAGCAGCCUCUAAGGACUACGAUCGAGUCAGAGGUACUUCUUUCUGCACUCUAUGAUGUUUACCUUGGCCCAAGCUCUGUCUCACCGACGCUCAAGACGUCAGUCGCUGCUGGCGGUGCAGCAGCUUUGAAUAAAUAGCUACCCCGUUGAUUGAUGGGUUCUCCACUUUGCAGUUCCUUUGACUUCGACGAUGAAAGAGUUAUUUCACAAUGGCCGUCACACAGCUCUAGCAGGAAGCGAGGCUCUCAUUCCUGUCCCCGCCCUUUGCUGAACCAAUGAUUGAAGCUACGAAAGAAAUAUGUGUGUGUGUGUGUGUGUGUGCAGGCGUGUGCGUGCAUUUGUGUGUGUGUGUGUAGCUUCAAUCAUGAUUGUUAAAAAAAAACAACGCUCGGUUAAAAAUUUGUGACUUCGGCUAUAUGUUUAGGUGUGUUACCCUCUGCUGCCAUUCAUCCUCUGUUCGGUAGUGUUAGUGUAGCUUGCUUUCAGGUGUAGAGAAUGAAUAGGCAGCCUAUGCAACUCUACAUGAGUCAAAUAGUCAGCCUACCCCUCUGCUUCCCUUGAUAUGUCGAUAAACCUACAUGGCUGAAUGUAACCUGUGGGUUGCUUUUAUGAUGCCCCCAGUGUGUGUGUGUGUGUGUGUGUGUGUGUGUGUGUGUGUGUGUGCACGCCCGUCUGUGCGUGCGUGUGUGUGUGUGCACGUGUGUGUGUGUGUUUGUGUGUGUGUGUGUGUGUCUGCGCGCGCGCGUGUGCGUGUGCGUGUGUGCGUGUGUGUGUGUGUGUGUGUGUGUGCAAUGUGCUGUUUCUUGCCGCAUUCUGCACAUGUGAGAGAAUGUGUGUAGGCAAACCCAUCACCACUUAUCUAAGGCCAGCCAAAACCAGUUAAGAUGGAUUUGCUAGUUAGCAUGAGCGAAUCGAUCAGAUUCUGUCAUAUUGGCAUGUUUGGCUCGUAUCGGCAAGUUGGUGGAUGGGCUAUGGGAAUAGCCAGGAGAGAGCAUUCGGUUAGGAUCGGUCUUGUGAUUGGGAAUGAGUGUGGCAAUUAGUACACUCAAUGUAGUCAUGAGUUGGAGGCAGGGAUCUAAUUCGUCUCAGUAGGGCAGUUCAGAGGCUUGGCAGUGAAGCAGUUGGGAAUUGGCGAUUUGAGUUUUUUUUGGCGAGUUUUCGCUGUGGGAAGUUGUGCUGCCAAGGACUACUUUGAGAUGCAAGUUACACAUAGCCAGUGUGAAACCAGAUCCUAACCUUUUUCUCUCUUCAACACGGUCUUAUUUUUCUCUUUGUGUCUUUGCACCAUUCCUUCCCUCCCUCCCUCGUCCAAACAUUGUGCUGAAAACAGUGCUCCAUCGU